CUUGACUCCACUCAGAUCCAUCCUGGGGACCAGUGCAGGAGCGGUCCUCUCAGCACCCAGCCUCUGCCCAGGCUCCCGCUUCUUCUUUGCCGCUGGGCCUCGGCCCAGGAGCCACGACGGGCGACACGGAGCCGCCAGUGCUGGAGGGGGAGCCGUGGGUGCGGGGCAGCGUGGGGGCAGAAGCCCCGGGACGCCCGCCCGGCCCCAGGCCCCGCUCCGCCCGAGCGCCCCCACGGGUGCCCCCUCCUUCCUGGUCCGAGCAGUGUGAGUGUGCCCGGGAGUCCGGCGGCGGCGGCGGCGGCGGCGGCGGCGGCGGUGUGGAAACCGGCGUGGGCUGGGGUGUCCGGGCGGCGGGGGGCAGUGCCAUGCACAAGCACCAGCACUGCUGUAAAUGCCCCGAGUGCUAUGAGGUGACCCGCCUGGCUGCCCUGCGGCGCCUCGAGCCUCCUGGCUAUGGGGACUGGCAGGUGCCCGACCCCUACGGGCCAGGUGGGGGCAAUGGAACCAGCGCGGGCUAUGGGGGCUACAGCUCGCAGACCCUGCCUUCACAGGCGGGGGCUACCCCCACCCCCCGCACCAAGGCCAAGCUCAUCCCCACUGGUCGGGAUGUGGGGCCAGUGCCCCCUAAGCCAGUCCCAGGCAAGAGCACACCCAAACUCAACGGAAGUGGCCCCAGCUGGUGGCCCGAGUGCACCUGUACCAACCGGGACUGGUAUGAGCAGGUGAAUGGCAGUGAUGGCAUGUUCAAGUAUGAGGAAAUAGUACUUGAGCGGGGCAAUUCUGGCCUUGGCUUCAGCAUUGCAGGUGGCAUCGACAACCCCCAUGUCCCUGAUGACCCUGGCAUCUUUAUUACCAAGAUCAUCCCUGGUGGAGCAGCUGCCAUGGACGGGAGGCUGGGGGUGAAUGACUGUGUGCUGAGGGUGAAUGAGGUGGACGUAUCAGAGGUGGUGCACAGCCGGGCCGUGGAGGCGCUGAAGGAGGCGGGCCCUGUGGUGCGGUUGGUGGUGCGGAGGAGACAGCCCCCACCUGAGACCAUCAUGGAGGUCAACCUGCUUAAAGGGCCCAAAGGCCUGGGUUUCAGCAUUGCUGGGGGGAUUGGCAACCAGCACAUCCCAGGAGACAACAGCAUCUAUAUCACCAAGAUCAUCGAGGGGGGUGCUGCUCAGAAGGAUGGACGCCUACAGAUCGGGGAUCGGCUGCUGGCGGUGAACAACACCAAUCUGCAGGAUGUGAGGCAUGAGGAAGCGGUGGCUUCACUGAAGAACACAUCUGAUAUGGUCUACCUGAAGGUGGCCAAGCCAGGCAGCCUCCACCUCAACGACAUGUAUGCACCCCCUGACUACGCCAGCACUUUUACUACCUUGGCUGACAACCACAUAAGCCAUAAUUCCAGCCUGGGUUAUCUUGGGGCUGUGGAGAGCAAGGUCAGCUACCCUACUCCUCCUCAGGUUCCCCCUGCCCGCUACUCUCCUAUCCCUAGGCACCUGCUGGCUGAGGAGGACUUCACCAGAGAGCCCCGCAAGAUCAUACUGCACAAGGGCUCCACUGGCCUGGGCUUCAACAUCGUAGGAGGAGAGGAUGGAGAAGGCAUUUUUGUUUCCUUCAUCCUGGCAGGAGGCCCAGCUGACCUGAGUGGGGAGCUGCGCAGGGGAGACCGGAUCUUAUCGGUGAAUGGCGUGAACCUGAGGAAUGCAACUCACGAGCAGGCUGCAGCUGCUCUGAAACGGGCUGGGCAGUCAGUCACCAUUGUGGCCCAGUACAGACCUGAAGAGUACAGUCGUUUUGAAUCAAAGAUACAUGACUUGCGAGAACAAAUGAUGAACAGCAGCAUGAGCUCUGGGUCUGGAUCCCUCCGAACAAGUGAGAAGAGGUCUUUGUAUGUCAGGGCCCUGUUUGAUUAUGAUCGAACUCGGGACAGCUGCCUGCCAAGCCAGGGGCUCAGCUUCUCCUAUGGUGACAUUCUGCAUGUCAUUAAUGCAUCUGAUGAUGAGUGGUGGCAGGCAAGAUUGGUGACCCCACAUGGAGAAAGUGAGCAAAUCGGUGUGAUCCCCAGUAAAAAGAGGGUGGAAAAGAAAGAAAGAGCUCGAUUGAAAACCGUGAAGUUCCAUGCCAGGACGGGGAUGAUGGAGUCUAACAGGUCGAUCAAAACGAAACGUAAAAAGAGUUUCCGCCUCUCUCGAAAGUUUCCAUUUUACAAGAGCAAAGAAAACAUGGCCCAGGAGAGCAGCAUACAGGAACAGGGAGUGACAUCCAACACCAGUGACAGCGAAAGCAGUUCCAAAGGACAAGAGGAUGCAAUUUUGUCAUAUGAGCCAGUGACACGGCAAGAAAUUCACUAUGCAAGACCUGUGAUCAUCCUGGGCCCAAUGAAGGACAGAGUCAACGAUGACCUGAUAUCGGAGUUCCCACAUAAAUUUGGAUCCUGUGUGCCGCAUACCACUCGGCCUCGACGUGAUAAUGAGGUGGAUGGACAAGACUACCACUUUGUGGUCUCCCGAGAACAAAUGGAGAAGGAUAUUCAGGACAACAAGUUCAUCGAAGCAGGCCAAUUUAAUGAUAAUCUCUAUGGGACCAGCAUCCAGUCAGUGCGGGCAGUUGCAGAGAGGGGCAAGCACUGUAUCUUAGAUGUUUCUGGCAAUGCUAUCAAGAGGCUGCAGCAAGCACAACUUUACCCCAUAGCCAUUUUCAUCAAGCCCAAAUCCAUUGAAGCACUUAUGGAAAUGAACCGACGGCAGACAUACGAACAAGCAAAUAAGAUCUAUGACAAAGCUAUGAAACUGGAGCAGGAGUUUGGAGAAUACUUCACAGCCAUUGUACAGGGUGACUCACUGGAAGAGAUUUACAACAAGAUCAAACAAAUCAUCGAGGACCAGUCUGGGCACUACAUUUGGGUCCCAUCCCCUGAAAAACUCUGAAGAAUCCCCACCAAGCACUCUUGUGAACAGAAGACAUCAAGUCCCUCUUCCCUCCUCCCUCUUCAGUCCUGUCCCCACCAGGAGAACAAAUGACUACUGUUCUUGUCCCCUUUUUUAGAUAUGUCCCAAAAAUUGAGUUUUCUAGUCCUGUUCUGUUUUUUUAAAUCUUCAUUUUGUUUUAGUUUAUUUUUUGGGAUGAUGCCAUCUCACUCAUCAUGUGACUGUGCCCAUUCCUGCAUGGACCUUUCCCAAGCGCUAGCACAGGUGCAAAUCCAUCAGAGUCAUUGUUUUCAUAAAAACCAAGCAGAAGUGACGAGAAGAGAGGAGGACUGCUGGAAAGCCAGGCUCCGGACAGCUGCACGGCUUGUGAAGCGAGCUCAGUGUGCCGCGUGCUGAGAUGCCCCCGGGCGUUUUGGCCUCUUGUGCUGCCAUCAUGCAGUGCUGAACGGUGCAACGUAUGGCGACAGAAAGUAUCUUAUUUAUAUAUAGAUAUAUAUAUGUAAUUUAUAUAAAAUAUAUAGAAAUUAUUAUAUAUAUAUAUUAUACACUCUCAUAUAAUAUAUAUAUAUUCACACACACUCAGACUAGAAAAUCUAUGGAGACUUCAUCAAUGGUACUGUGUUAUUAGAGAAAUGCUUUAAUUUUCAUAUUCCAAUCAGAUGGCAUCUUCUAUCCCAACUGGUUGGGGAGGUAUCAAAAGUGGUAGUAAGUGCUGUACCAGGGGCACUCACAUUCGGUCAUUCUCUUGAAAGCUGGGCUUUUCUCUCGGCGGGGUCAGCCAGAGGGCCUUUCCUCGGGUGAGAGGGGUGGACACUUGACCCUGAAACAGCUGCUGCCCCGGAGAUGCAGUCAGUCCGUGCGCAGAAAGCAAGAGAAUGGCUAACAGUGCUCCAGAUUAAAUUGCCUAUUGUUUUAUGCCACCUGAUGUGUCUGCAUGAGAGGUUUCCUUUUUGUUCAUUUUUAAGCUGCUGUUAAACCAAAACCAUGUUGUGCUACCGUGUCAGCCUUUUCAUUAUUCCAAAUUUUACUUUUACUAUUUAAGUGAAUGCGUAGACUCCAAUUGACAGUGUUGUAAAGGCUCAUUGACAUUGUGGAGGAGCCGGGCCUUGUGAAAGGAGGUGAGCAGGCAUGGCUGUCCAGGCAGCAGAGGGGGGAGCCAGGGCUCUGGGUGGGAGCACAUCCCUUUACUCGUGCAGGGAACGUGCUGGACUCCCUCAGGUUCCUUGGUGGGACCCCCCCCAACGGUGACUGGGAGUCACUUGCUGUCCACGCUGGGACAGCAGCACGGCCCUGGGCUUGGCCAGCCAUGUAAUGAGAAGUUGGAUCUGGGUUUUUUUUUGGCAGCUGCUCCAUAUGCCCUACCCCAGCACAUGCACCAACAGCUGGUAGCUGACUGUUUCUUCAGGCAGAAAGCAGAUUUUCAGGCCUUCUGUGUGACCCCAUAGAGCUAAGAUUCCCUUGCUGGUGAGACAGGAAGCCGUGGGUUUUUUUUUCCCAGAGUCAGAAGGCUGUGACUACGGUCAAGGGAGGUUUUCUCUGACCAUACAAGUGCAGGCAGCAGCUGUGGCUCGGGCCCACCCUGCCACACUCCCUGGAUGCCACCAAGCCUCCUUUACCCCCUCGCUGGGUGGGACACUGGGGAGAACAUGCAUGUGCUUGGCCUUGGGAUCCAGUCCGUUGCUUCCUAGUCCGCAGUGUUGUGAGCAGUGCAAACACCAUGUCGAAAACUCUUCGAGUGCCACCAGCCGCAUUUAGGAAAUGUGUUAACAGUUCUCCUACCAGCAUAAUGAGGCUAACUGUACAGUGUGGGGCCCAGAAUGAGGGUAAAGAAAGAGCAGCAGCUUCACCUGGGCAGUACACUGGAUUGAAGGCAAUGAGUGAUGAAGCGAUGGCCAAUGGUGAUUCUGGUGAGGAGGGGGGUGAGCCGGGAAUGUUGACUUCUCUGAUGUUAAGUGAUGUAUCCUCUGAAUGAUGCUCAACCCUCUGCCCCUCCCAGGGAAGGAAAUCAAGAUUCAAAGUAAGCAUGACACUAGUUGGUUUACCAGUGUUCCUUCCAAGGAGACAUAUAUUUUUUAAUAAAUGAUAGUUGCAAUGAA